GAGCGUUCCCGUCGAAACUCCACUAGUGAGGGGACACCAUCGGCGCCAACGCCGAUUGACGCGCUCGUGUCCCUAGAAACUCGCGGCGAUUUGUGAGUCGUUCUCGCGCGGCGCGCGCGCGCGCGCCUCGCGUUUAAGUGGCAUUCACACCGACACAACGGUGGAGUGGUGUGGUAUGCUGUUGACUCGCACUACUAUUCGAAGAUGGGAGGACAGGAUUUGGUCGGUCUGCUACUGGAAAUCCCCGUUGUGUCUUUGGUUUAUUCUUCUUGAGCAUCGUAUAAUUUAUGGCGUAACGCUUUCUCGCUUUUUACUCUUCUGCCCCACCAUGAGGUCAUUCUGAUUUUCCUUCGUGAGCUUCGCCGUCAGUCUGAGGAUCGUUGAUGGGAGUAGUACGUAUCGUUAAUUGUAAGGUAGAAUAAGCCACGGCGAAGGGUCCGAGUAUAGUCUGACAAUGCGCCAUCCGAAUGAUGCGGAACAUUAUUUGCGAAUCUCUAUUAAACGGUGCUUCGAUUUCAUAGUAGUGGGAAGUGACGCGGAGAUCGCGGAUGGUUGGUUGAUGCUGAGGGAAUUACGUGAUGAUCGAGCGUUUAAUCAACUGCUCAAUUUCGAGGAUAUUCUGAGAGAUAUCCUACACAGCCAAAUACUGAACAUUUCCGAGGUGCCGAAAAUCAUGGCGUGGAUCUUGCCGCAUGUGGAGGAGAAAUCGGACUCCGACGACGCCGAUCCGAUCUCCAAGGACGUCGCCGCGUUGCUGCAGAAGACGGACAUCAGGGACAUGUCGCAUUUGGCCGCGCUUCUUAAGACUAUGCUAGAUAAUAGAGUGUACCUGCCCAAGUCGGCCGAUCACACGGCACUAUGUGAAGCAGUGAUCGUGAGGCUGUCGACUUUCCAAUUACCUCCACAGCCUAAAAAAAUCUCAGAGUUCUAUGACAAUGCCAGCAAGAUCAAAAACUUCUUGAAGGUGGUCUGUAGCAAUACCAAGAACAGCGGUCAUGAACUCCUGUUCAACUGCCUUCAAACUUUGUAUCGUAUAAUAUCGGAUAGGAAGAGAAAAGAGGAGCCAGGCCCGGGAUUAGCUGUGAUAUUGGCUCUGGUAGAAAACAGUUUUAUUCCGCAGGCAGUGGAGUGGAUUCUGUUGCAAUCACAGUCAAACCAUGAAUUAGUACAGGCACUGACGGUUUUAUGUAAUUGGCUUCCAAAGUGGCGUGACAAGAAACUCAGCAUCUGGAUAAUGGAAUUCAUACUUGGCUUAGAAAGACAAGAGAGAUAUUCUGUUCUUUUGGAAGUCAUGGAAUCUUCAUUAGACAUACUGAAUCUUAUGUGCAAAGUAUUAGUGGUACCGUUAAUCCGUCAUAAUUCUUCCUUUAUUAUAUAUCACAUUCUAAGAAAGCUAAGCUCUGAGGAAGUUAUACAAAAAUUGAUUAAAACUGUACCUACAUUGAUAAGUAGUUUAAUGAAAGAAGAUUCAGAAUCCAGCAGAGAAUGUAUACAGCACUUAGUCGACAUUGUGAAAUUAGCCAGUAUAAGAUUUCCGGCCUAUCGUCUACCUGAAAAUGUAGAAAAGUCUUUUCCAGUUUUGCCACGCAUGCAUAUUAUCAAGGAAUUUUAUCGUGAACCAUUAUGGCUAGUCGAUACCUGUAUGAUAGAACCAAUUCUUGAACCAGAGGGACAAUUGUCUGGAAAAGUUGGGCUUCAAAACCUUGGAAAUACAUGCUACAUGAAUAGUGUGUUGCAAGCCUUACUGAUGACUCGACAAUUUUGUCAUGAGGUACUGAAUUGCCUUGUGAAUCAAACAGGAGGAAUGCCUUUGUUGAGGAAACUGCAGGAUUUGUUUGCUUUAUUAUUAUAUUCCAAGAGGAUGUAUCUGUCACCAAAUGAAAUAUUUGAAGCAUCACGACCAUCAUAUUUUCUACCUGGGCAACAACAGGAUAGUUCUGAAUUUCUUUGUCAUCUUCUGGAUGUUUUACACGAGCAAGAAAAAGCAAUUAAUACAACCAAUGGGAAAAAUGAUUCCACGUGUGGUAUUAAAUCUAAAAUCGAAAUACAGGAGAGCAGAAUAACUUCUGCGUCAAACUCUACAGACAGUACUAUCAAGCGGUGGAUUACCGAAGAAGAUCUAACUGAAGGCUUGAUGUUCCGUCAAAAAACGCAAUCAUUAGCGGAUUUUCCACAAGGUGAAGAUCUGGUACAAGCGGAACGGCUCAGUGAUUAUCAUUCAGAUUCCACCGACAGUGGUAUACAAUCUGUAGGUGGUGAAGAAACGGUUAUCUCAUCCACGUCUCUUGUACAUAGAGUAUUAGGUGGCGAGUCCAAGAUUACUUACCAGUGCGCACAGUGUAAUACCAGUUCACACAACACGGACAAAUUUCGCGAUCUCCAACUAUGUUUUCCUGAAGAGAUGCAGGAGAACCAAGAGGUCUCGGUUCAAGAUCUCAUCAACUAUUAUCUCGCACCGGAGAAGCUCACGGGCGAAAACAAAUACCGCUGUGACAAAUGUAUGAAGUUGUGUGACGCGCACAGAAUCAUCACAAUUUUACAGGCGCCCGCACACCUGAUUUUGUCGCUGAAACACUUUCGGUACGAUUUUGACAGUCGGCUCAGGACGAAAUUGCGCCACAAAGUAGUGUACAACGAUGUCAUAAAGUUGCCGGUAUCCACGGUACCAAGUUCGAUCACUGAAACGUAUAAUUUAUAUGCCGCCGUAGUGCAUUCCGGUUAUAAUAUGGAUUACGGACAUUACUUCACAUACGCCUGCGACUCUAAGCAAAAUUGGUACAAGUUUAACGAUAGCUUUGCGUCGUGCACCACUUUCGAGGAGUUCAAGAACUUGAAGCCGCCGGACACACCUUACAUACUGUUCUAUGAAAAAUCGGGAGCUCUUGAUGGGAUGUACGAGGACGACAGGCCCGAAUUAUUGACCUUGAGUAAACACUUGCAGGGAUUGAUAGCGGACGAUACCAUAGCUUACAUAGAAGAGCUGAAGCAACAGGCGACAUUGUCAUUAUCUGGACGACAUUCGCGGUCCGUUCAGAAACGGUACGACAAUUCUGAUGAUGAGAAUCCACCAUCUAGCAGCUGUUGCGGCGCGAUUGAUAUUCCGGCAAAUCGUUUUCUGUUUUGAAUGGAUUUAUCAUGCGGACGGCGACGAGUCUCUUCGGUUACCAACUGUAGGCUUCGUAUUUAUUGCACAAUACAUUAUUUUAUAACUACAGAUAGCAGACCCAAUUACAUUAUUUGUGAUCAUUGAGACACGUCUUUUGGUUAGCCACUAUAUUUCAAAUAAAAACUGAUAUUAAUAUUACACUCGUAAAGGGAAACGUGUGCAUUAUAUGCUAUAACUCUCGAUAGUUAUGGUAUACAGUAAAUUAACUUAGAGCAACUAUGUUAAAAGAUAAUUAAUAUAUUCAUGUAUAUAAUGUAUAAACGAAUGCACCGGAAUGAUACUGAACAUAAUAAUUGCAUGCCUAUGCAUGUAUAUGAGACGUGAAUUGCGCGAAGAAUCGGUUUUUCAUUUUAUUACUCGAUAAUAACCUUGUAUAUUAAAUAUGUUCUUAAAUUAUGCGUAAAUGUGAGGAGAGUUACACAUAUACAUGCAAAAAGAAGAAAAUAAAUGUCCGAGCUCUAUCUACCCUAU